CUUAUGCUGGGCAUGUCAAAGAUGAUGAAGUCUUCUCUAGUUGCAACAACUCAACUACCGCAUAUCGAUCGUCGAGUACCAGCCAGAACUGCCCGCCGCUGUCAAGCAAGAGCUGCGCCUGCUGUAGCUUCAGAAGCAGAUGCAUUGAAGGUCUCCUUUGUGAGCUUAGGGUGCCCCAAGAAUGUCGUCGAUGGCGAGGUGUUGCUGGGAGACUUAGCCAGAAAUGGGUUCACAGUCACAGAGGACAGGCUCGAGGCCGAUUGUAUCGUGGUCAAUACUUGCGCAUUCGUUGAGGAUGCCAAGGCAGAAUCGCUGGAGGCAAUUAUGGAAGCUUCUGAGCUCAAGAAGGACGGCCAAGUACAAAAGGUGAUCGUCACAGGCUGCUUGGCCCAGCGGUAUUCCACAGAGCUUGCAGAGAGCCUGCCAGAAGCUGACUACGUAGUUGGGUUCCAAAAUUACAGCAGCCUGCCAGCAACCUUGAGGAAUGCGUUGCAGCCGACGGCGAAUGCAGGAGGACUUGCAGAGGCUAGAGUGCAGGUGGGCGAGUCAACUGUGGCGUUCCGUCCAGAAGCCGAUCGCUAUCGUCUCACACCGCAGCAUACAGCAUACCUGAGAGUCGCCGAGGGCUGCAACCAUUCCUGUACGUUCUGCGCCAUCCCCGGCUUCAGGGGCAAGUUCAGAUCAAAACCAUGGCAGCACGUCCUCGACGAAGCGCGGCAGCUGGUAGCCUCAGGAGUGAAGGAGCUCAAUCUCAUAGCGGAGGACACCAACCAGUAUGGCAUGGACAGGAAGGAUGGCAACAGCCUGGCGGAGCUGAUGGCAGAGCUGGGGAAGCUGGAGGGCCUCCACUGGAUGCGCAUUCUCUACGCCUACCCUUCCUACUUCUCCGACGCCCUCAUAGAUGAAAUUGCAUCCAACCCCAAGGCAAGCACACCAGCAAUUUGCUUACUGCUUGUGUGCAAGUACAUCGACAUCCCUCUGCAGCACAUCUCCAACAUGACCCUUCUUGGCAUGAAUCGACCGCCCCAGCUUCACACCGUGUCGCUGCUCCACAAACUGCGCGAGAGGAUACCCGAACUCGCCUUGCGCACGACGUUCAUCAGCGGAUUUCCAGGCGAGACGGAGGACCAGCACCAGGAGCUGCUGCAGUUCUGCAGGGACUUCAAAUUCGAGCGGAUGGGGGCCUUUGCCUACUCUGAAGAGGACGGAACACCUGCUGCCGCAUUCUCAGAGCAGGUGCCGGAGGAAAUCAGGCAGGCGCGAAGGGACUCCCUCAUCAGCCAGCAGCAGGACAUCAGCCAGACCUUCGCAGAAUCGCUGGUCGGCAGGGAGGUGGACGUCUUGGUCGAAGGCUGGAACGAGGAUGAUUGCUUGGUUGGUCGGACCCAGUGGGAUGCGCCCGACGUUGAUCCAAUUGUUUUCCUGACGCCAACAAGCGAUGCACGCAUACCGCCCCUUGAGGCCGGCCAGAUGCGGCGCUGCCUCAUUACAGGGACUUCGCUGUUCGACCUCGAGGCGCAGCCCAUCUUGUGACGUGGCCAUGGAUCCACCAUGCAAGCGCAUGUUCAUGUUGGAUACUUAACGGAUGCAGGUAGAUUGUUAGCAAGCUACACUGUCCAAUUGCCUCUUGAGAAAGAUGUGUAUAAUCCCAGUCUUGGAAUUCUCAGCCAUGGCAUUUAAUGCAGCUGCUGCGGCUAUAGUAAUGUUGCUUAAAUUAU